AUGGACAAUUCAUCGUCUUCUCUGUUCACUGCCCUCGUCUCCCUCUUCGUCGCGCUGCUCUUCUUCUCGGCCUACCACCUCCCCGCGGCCCACGCCCAGACCACAGCGGCCAGCGGCCAGUGCGAGUGCCCGUGCGCCUGCGACAGCGACUCAGGGUCCCAGCCGGAGCCGUCCGCGGGCCUGUCGGUGACCUGGUACAGCGGCACGAGCGCCUGGUGGAUGGCGGUGGUCAUCCCGGGCUCCACGUCGGUGUCAGUCGACUGCGGCAACGGCCAGGGCUUCGUGCGGAUGAACGCUGGGUGGACGCCCAACAUGUGGACCUUCUCGUCGACCAACGGCCGCGCGUGCAAGUCCACCGUCCAGUUCAUCGUCAACGGCGGCUCGGCCCAGGCCGUCACCGCUCCCUUCUGA